AUGACCGAUCCCACCCCCAGAGAACAAUUCGAAGCCGCUUCCCCUUGGCUCGCCUCCGCCCCGGCGGCUGCUGGUCUCCCAAAUGAGACCAAACUCGAACUGUACGGGCUCUUCAAAUUCGUCACCACCAAUGAAGGACCAAGUUCACCCCGACCUUCGAUCUUCUACCCUGCCAACAGGGCAAAGUUUGACGCUUGGACAUCAACCUUCAAGCAAUAUACGUCGUUGAAUAUUGAGCCUGCAGAUGCUCAGGCAAGAGCCCAGGGGCGUUAUGUCGAUAUUGCGAAGCAGGUUGGAUGGGACGGCGUGAUCAGAGACGAGGAUGAUAUUGAUCUGGAGAAUCUGAGCGAUAGUGAUGAUGAAGAGGACGAAUCCAGAAAAGGUGGUUCAGGGAAAGAUGGAUGGAGGUCGGUGAGCGUCAUGGAGGGCGCGGGUAAGAAGAGCGCAGAAGAUCCUAUACAUGACGCGGUAUCGACAAACGACUCGGUAGAGGUAAAGAGACUGUUACAAAACGACAAAGGACUUGUCAAUGCCGUAGAUGAGUUUGGCUAUACACCAUUACAUCUCGCAGCGGAUAGGGGUUAUCCUGAUAUGACCAGACUGUUGCUAGAGCACGGGGCUGAUCGGAACGUCAAAGACCAGGACGAGCAAACACCUCUCAUGCUCGCGGAAAUAUCAAGCCGAGACGACAUCAUCGUUAUACUAUCAUCAUAG